GGGUUACAUAGCAGUGGGCGGCGGUGUUUUGAAAGCGAUCGCUGCGUAACCAUAACAUUGCCUUUAUUUGACUUACUUCACCCUUACUUUUAUUGUAUGCAUAAGAAUGUAGUUCCAGAUCUGGCUUUUAGACUUUUUUGUAGGUUUUUCAGUUGAGUUAUAGUGCAGGAAAUAAACCCACUGCGGCUGUCAGAGGAGAGAGUGCGCGGAGAGGAAGAGGGGUUUCAUGAUGAAGAUCGCUGUGCUGGGAGCCACGGGGCAGACUGGGCAACACUUGGUGCAACAGGCCCUGCAGCAGGGCCACUGUGUCACUGCUGUGGUCAGGAAUCCGGCUAAACUCAUCGUGCAGCAUGACAAUCUCAAGGUCGUGGAGGCAAAUAUUUUCUCCAAGGACAGUUUGAAGAAUCAUUUUGAAGGGCAUGAUGCCGUCAUGUCCUGCCUUGGCUUCUCCACUUCGUUCUUCUCUGCUGUGACAGGCUACACUCAGUCCAUGGAAGCCACGGUUGAAGCCAUGAGAGAGGCUAAAGUCAACAGGCUCAUCACCAUGACGUCCUGGUACACUGAGCCCAACUCUGGGGUUGAGUCACCAUAUUUUAUCCGAUUCCUGUUGUUGCCGAUGAUUCGGAGUGUGCUCACCAACAUGUUUCAGAUGGAGCAAUUUCUGCAAAAGGCCAAUGACAUUGACUGGACAGUGGUCCGCCCACCUGGGCUGAGAAACCAGCCUGCCUCAGCUCUGGAGUUCUUGACACAUGAGGGGUACUUUGUCCCCAGCAGCAGUGGGGCCCCGAUGUCCAUUGCAGUGGCCCGAGGAGAUGUGGCUCGAUUUAUGCUCUCACUGCUCAACACUGAUGCCUGGACCAAAAAGGGAGUGGCUAUGUCCACCAAUUAAGAGUCCAAAUCACAUAUACAUUUGUACACUUUCAUAUUGCAUUUACAUCAGUUUUGUAAGAUCAGAAAAAGGGAGGCGUUUAUCUCCCUUGAAGGUUAAAAAUACACUAAAUAUGUGCUAAAUAUUAUGUCUGUAAAAGUCAUGUUUAAUCAUUUUUUUUAUUUUGAGUUUGCAUCUAAUGUUGCCUUCUAACCACUGCUUGUGCCUUAAAAUAAUUUGAGAGAGAGGGGAACACCCUGUUUGCACUUGUAAUACUUCUAUUUAGCCAGAUGGGUGAGCUAGUGUUCUACUCUGAGCACACAGUAUUUUGCUUAACAAAAUUAUGAACACGAUUAUGACUACCACACUAUCACAGCAGAGUUUCUAAAAUAUAAUUAUAAAAUCACAUUUCUGUUGCUUUCUGUUUUAUGUCUCCAAUAUUAAAUAAAUAAGGGUAAUAAUCAGUUACAAAUGCAGUCUACCUCUCUGAGUAGUUUUCUGAACCAUAAUUGUAAUAUUAAUUCAUAGGAAAAUUUGUGUCUCUGGAACUUGCCUUUUUCAAUUUUUGUUGAUCUUUAAAACAAUUAAAAAAACAUUUUUUUUCCCC